UUCUUGAGGCAAUAGACAUACAUGAUACUAUACAAGGAGACGACCUCCUGCGAUUUAACAGAACCCGAAGAAAAAGUUUAGCAGUUCAGUUACCAAUGAUGGAUGAGAAAGGAACGGACUUGAAUGAAUCCCCCAAGGAAGAAAUUCAAGGCAGAGAAAGCAGAUCUGUAAAGAAUGGAAUGCAAGAUAAAGAAGGAUCUGCCUUGCAUUCUACUCUUCGCACUGAUGACCAAGCAACAAAUAAAAAGCCCGCGAAGAAAUCUAAUAAAACCAGUUUUGAACAGCUGACAGAUGAGCAAGCAGCAGAGCGGGGUCCAGAGAUAGAGAAACCUAAUAAAGAAUAUGAAUCUAAACCUAAGAAAGCUGGACGUAAAUCAAGUUUUGAUAAAAUCAAAUCUGAGCUGAAAAUAAAGAUAAAAGGAGUUCGUAAAAAAAUUUCCUUGGAUGACGAGGAGAUGCUAAAAAACAAAGGGGAUGAUGAAGAGGAAAAUGAGGAGCACCAGAAGAAAUGGAAUUUUUUGAAGAAUCGAAGACGAUCCGAGGGAAGUGCACUAAAAUGCGCGACCAGUUUGAACGAUGAUAGACGUACCUCAGAACCGUUUCAUUUUGAACCUAUUUCCGGGUUCCUCCGACCCAGUUCCGGUCCAGGUUCCUCAGAUCCGUUCCUUGGAACAUCCUCUUCCUCGGAGAACAUGAAUUCCAUUCUGGAUUCUUACAAUAUAGACAGGAACAUUAGUCCAAACAUACUGAAUGCUCCUGAUGAUUCCACGGUUCAAUGCUUCUGUGGCGACAUCUCUUGUCCAUUUUGUAAUCUACUAAGUAACUUAGAACUUAAUUAUAAUAAAUAGAGUCCUUUCCUUGUUACGAUGCAAGGGAGGGAACCCCCCGCCACCAUGAGCCUCCGCUAUGCAGACCGAGCCUCCCAAAUUUGCAACGCAGGACGAGCCUCUGCCAUAGAGUACAGAGCCUUUCCUAUGAAAUAAACAAGCCUUUGCUAUUCAACACAGGUUUUUUAAAAUCUUGGUUUUUAUGUGUAAUGAAAAUUUUUUAACAAUUACUGUUUAGCGGAGGCUCGUACUGCCUGGCAAGUUUGGGAGGCUCGAUCAUGGUGCAAAGGGGAGGCUCAUGGCGGCCGUGGGUUCCAACCCUAAUGUUACAGUUUUUUUAAAUGUAAAGAGACUGUUAGCGUAAUUUCAAGUUACCCUCCAUGCAAAGAUGGCAA